AUGGGAGAGAAAAUUCGUAAUCUACCACCAUCCAAGAACAAUGGCAAGCCAUCGAUAACAUCUGGACCAAAACCAAUGACUUCUACCUCUACCAAAACUGAUAGUAGCAGCAGUCGUCAAUCAUUCUUUGAUCCUUAA